UUAUUCAAUUAUUGAUGAGAAUUAUAUUACGAUAAUUAUUGAUAUCAUUUUUGUAUCUAGCUCCCUGUACUAUUUGCCAACUUUGGCUUUUGACUUUGCCCACUAAAGAUCAAGGGCUAGGUGAUAUAUCAGGAAUUAUCAUGAUAAAUGACACAAUUCAUUUUUUUUUGUAAGUUUAUUGGCAGAUAUUUUUUCUCUCCAGAGUGAUGCUCUCUGUUCUAUAAUGUGCUCUGUUAUUCCUUUGACGUUUAUUUGUCAUCAUUCCUUCUCUCCCUCAUUGCUGGACAUCUACUCACAACCCACCAGUUUGCUACAAUCACGACAGACGCAUCAUCUGGUAAUUUACCCAACUAUCAAGGGCUAGGUGAUAUAUCAGAAACCCAACAGAUUGCUACUGAGACGUGACAGACACAUCAUCAGUUUUUCCAGAGGACUCAGAUACAGACUGCUAGGCCCACCAUCCCGACAAACACGUCUUCCAAACAGCCUGUCUCACAGACUCCUCUAGCCGUCUACCCCACUAAUCAGCCAAUCAUGAAGCCCAUGGCACCCAUGCCUUUCCCUUCCCUGCGGGCUGCACAGCUUAAAAACCUUGGGGCCCGGCGACCACCACCCAGGAAGAUCAUCAUGGGCCUGUCUUUGCACGACGAUGUUCAGCUGAAGAAAUCAGAGAAUGCCUGGAAACCAGGCAUGAAGAGGGAAAGCCUCCCAGCGGAACCAGAGUCCAACAAAACACAGGACCUGUUCAAGAAGGUCCGCAGCAUCCUAAACAAGCUGACGCCGGAGAAGUUCAGCCAGCUGGUGAAGCAGGUCUGGGACCUGACCAUCGACACUGAGGAGCGGCUCAAAGGAGUCAUCGACCUGGUGUUUGAAAAGGCCAUCGACGAGCCCAGCUUCUCGGUGGCCUACGGGAAAAUGUGCCGCUGCCUCGCCACGCUCAAAGUGCCCAUCACUGACGCUCCCAACAACACAGUGAACUUUCAAAAGCUGCUGCUAAGCCGCUGCCAGAAGGAAUUUGAGAAAGACAAGGGGGAUGAUGUGGUGUUUGAGAGGAAGCAGAAGGAGCUGGACUCUGCUGCAUCGACGGAUCGUGACCGACUUCAGGUAGAGCUGCAGGAGGCCAAGGACAUUGCCCGGCGGCGAUCCAUCAGCAACAUAAAGUUCAUUGGUGAACUGUUCAAGCUAAAGAUGCUAACGGAGGCCAUCAUGCAUGACUGCGUGGUGAAGCUGCUGGGGAACCACGACGAAGAUUCCCUGGAGUGUCUCUGCAGACUGCUCACCACCAUCGGCAAGGACUUUGAUUUAGUGAAGGCCAAGCCUCGGAUGGAUCACUAUUUUAAGCAGAUGGAAAAAAUCAUCAGAGAGGGGAAGACGUCUUCACGGACAAGGUUCAUGUUGCAGGAUACCAUAGACCUGAGAUUGCACAAAUGGGUGUCAAGAAGAGCCAACCAGGGUCCAAAGACAAUUGAUCAGAUCCACGAGGAGGCAAAGCUUGAAGAGGAAGAGGAGCAGAGAAAAGUGCAGCAGCAACUGUACUUCAAGGACACCAGGAGACGGCCAGAUCCAAGGGAGCAGAGAGAGCAGAGAGAGCAGAGGGCGCAGAGGGAGCAGAGAGAGCAGAGACAGCAGAGAGAGCAGAGACAGCAGAGAGAGCAGAGAGAGCAGAGACAGCAGAGAGAGCAGAGGGAUCAGAGGGAGCAGAGGGAUCAGAGGGAGCAGAGAGAGCAGAGAGAUCCGCAAGUACAGGGAGAGGAGACCUGGAACACUGUGCCCAUGAGGAAGAAUGGCAGGACCAUCGACCCCAACAAGAUCCCAAAGAUCUCCAAGAUGGACGAGAAGAUCCAGCUGGGCCCCCGGGCUCAAGUCACAUGGGUGAAGGGCAGCGGUGGAGGAGCCAAGGCCAGUGACUCAGCAGAACUUUCACGCACAGCGGUCCUCAACCGCUUCUCGGUGCUGCAGUUCGACCCCUCACCUCAACCCUCCACCACUCCUCCACAGAACCCAGACUUCGACGCCGGGACAACUCACGGAAGUCGUAGCUGUACAGAAAAAAAGCGCAGCAACAAGCCACUGAUCUCUGCACCGAAUGUCACCGAGAUCGAAUCUGAGCCAGAGCGUAGCAGAGUCCGAGAGCCUGUGAAACCUGAGCCUGUCCAGACGAUGGAGGAACCUGCUCGGUCUGAGGAGGAGAUCAAGAGGAAGUGCAAGUCCAUCAUCAACGAGUUCCUGCACCUUAAAGAUUUCAAGGAGGCUGUCCAGUGUGUGGUGGAACUUGAUCUGGGCUCUCAGUUGCACAUCUUCGUACGCGUGGGGGUGGAGUCGACUCUGGAGCGCAGUCAGAUCACACGGGACCACUUGGGCCAGCUCCUCUUCCAGCUGGCGCAGAAGGGAAUCCUGCCCAAACCCCAGUUCUACAAAGGGUUUGCAGACACGCUGGAGCAAGCGGACGACAUGGCCAUCGACGUUCCCCACAUCUGGCUGUACCUGGCCGAGCUGCUCAGCCCUGUGCUGAAGGAGGGGGGCUUCUCUAUGAGAGAGCUCUUUAGUGAAUUAAGCAAACCUUUGCUUCCUGUGGGAAAAGCUGGGAUCUUGAUCUCUGAAAUACUGCUCAUACUAUGCAAACAAAUGGGCCAUCGUACUGUGGCUUCUCUGUGGGAAGAAUCCGGCCUCAACUGGACUCACCUUCUGCCGGAGGAAGAGGACGUCCAGGCUUUCAUCUCACAACAGAAACUCCAUUUUCUUCAGCCACAGAGUCCGAAUGUCUCAGAGCACAAACCUGAGCCAGAGGGCAGCAGUGUCCGAGAGCCUGAGGAUGCGCCAAACAUGCAGGCCAACCCACCUGAAGCGGCCAACUCAAGUGAGCUUCCCUCAGCCAAGGAACCAGCCUCUUCUCACUUGUCCUCAGUCGAGGAGCUGAAACCCUCUUUGGUGCUACCUCAGACUCUGAACACAGACAAGCCUCUCUUAGACGCCCCUAGAACUCUGGCUGCCUUGUCUGGAGCAGCCCCCACGGCUUUGAACAGCCUUGCAGAGUCAGAGACUGAGCUGGAGACAGCCGCCGUUGAGCCUUCUCUCAUGCCCCCCGCUUCACUACAGCCCCAAGCCUCUAGUCCUGCUUACAGAGAGGCCGCCUCUGAAACUUUGCCUGCUGACACCACUCCUCAACAGAACCCCAACUUCGAUGCCGGGACAACUCUGGGAAGCCGUACAGGCAGGAAGCGCAGGAAGAACAGAAAGCGCAGCGCAAAGCCGCUGAGCUCUGCACCGUCUCAGCCUGAUCUGUACACCAGGGGAAGCAGCUCAAAGGAGCUGCUGGAGAGUCCAACCCCGGAGGAGCCGCCAAGAGACAGCGAGCCAGAGGGAGCUGUGCCUAGGAGACCGAAUGUCUCUGAGCACAAACCUGAGCCAGAGGGCAGCAGUGUCCGAGAGCCUGAUGAUGCGCCAAAACAGCAGGCCAACCCACCUGAAGCGGCCAACUCAAGUGAGCUUCCCUCAGCCAAGGAACCAGCCUCUUCUCACUUGUCCUCAGUCGAGGAGCUGAAACCCUCUUUGGUGCUACCUCAGACUCUGAACACAGACAAGCCUCUCUUAGACGCCCCUAGAACUCUGGCUGCCUUGUCUGGAGCAGCCCCCACGGCUUUGAACAGCCUUGCAGAGUCAGAGACUGAGCUGGAGACAGCCGCCGUUGAGCCUUCUCUCAUGCCCCCCGCUUCACUACAGCCCCAAGCCUCUAGUCCUGCUUACAGAGAGGCCGCCUCUGAAACUUUGCCUGCUGACACCACUCCUCUACAGAACCCAGACAUCGAAGCCAGGACAACUCUGGGAAGCCGUACAGGCAGGAAGCGCAGGAAGAACAGAAAGCGCAGCGCAAAGCCGCUGAGCUCUGCAUCGUCUCAGCCGGAUCUCUUCACCGGGGGAAGCAGCUCAAAGGAGCUGCUGGAGAGUCCGACCCCGGAGGAGCCGCCAAGAGACAGCGAGCCAGACGGAGCCGUGCCUAGGAGACCGAAUGUCUCUGAGGAAGAAUCUGAGCCAGAGGGCAGCAGUGUCUCUAGUCCUGCUUACAGAGAGCCCGCCUCUGAAACUUUGCCUUCUGACACCACUCCUCAACAGGACCCCAACUUCGAAGCCAAAUGUGUGAAGGAGAACCUGGCUGAAUCUCACCUGAGCUCGUCUCCCUACCUGAGGGCGUUGAUGACGGCUGUCUGUAAGGCAGCAGUGAAAAAUAACACCAACUGUCGAGUGCACACGGCCCUCAUUCAAAAGAGAUUACCUGUAUUGAUCCAGUACCGGAACUCAGAGAGUGAGCGACAGCUGCAUGCUCUUCAGGAACUUCAGUCGCUGAUCGUCGCCCUCGAUCAUCCUCCAAACCUCCUCCAGAUAUUCUUCGAGUGUAUGUACGAAGAGGACACAUUCUGCAAGUCGGGGACGAGAAAAGACCCGGCUAAUCAGCUGGAUAAGGGCGUGGCCCUGAAGACCGUCACAGCCUUCUUCACCUGGCUUCGGGAGGCGGAGUCAGAAGACAAUUGACGAGAUUGGAUUCCGAACUCGUCAAUUUGGAAUUUUUCUUUUUCUUUUGCAACGUUCCGCACUUUUUAAUUUAUUAAUAAUAAAAGGAAGUUAAAAAUGCUCGUUCUCAUGAUUAGUUCUUUCCAUGGUUUGGUGCUUAAAGGG